AAACAAGGUCUCGGAUGUCUUGUAACCAAGCACGAGCCAAUCACCAAGGCGAUUUCGGUAACUGCCUCAAUCUAUACCGUCAAUGUCGACAGUCAGUCGGCCGAAGAGAAGUCGAACAAUCAGAAGGAAAGUGAGUUGAGCGAGGUGCCCGACGGACAACAACACAUUUUUGCCAGCCCCGAUGGGUUGCCUCGCCAGAUUUGUCUGAUCGGUAGCACCGGUCUUUCUGACUCCCUCCUCCGAGUGCGCAAUCCAGCUUGGCUGGUCCGAGCUGAGACGCCCAGCGGUGCUGGAGACACUCGUGCCCCUUUGGCCACCUCCGAGUCGAACCUUGACGACUCAGGCACACUUACAAUUACCGCGUUGCCGGGCCACCUUCAGGCCGCUCUGACGCCAGUCUCGGCGCCCUCGACGACAAACAUCACCAGCCUCUUGCAGACUCUGGAGAACAGCUCAUGCUGCUGGCCAAAGACGAGCGGCAAGAUUCACUGA